UUGUCAUUUGUUUUGCCUGUAGUAAACAUAACCAAAGUUUAUAAAAAAAUAUACAAAAUGAAUUUAAAAGAUAAGUGUUUAACCGGGCCUAAAAUGAACUCCACGAAUUUAUAUGUAACUACGACACAAAUCAUAAUGAAAGCGGAUCCGAAAAAUCCGAACUCAUGGCAGGACCUAUACAGACUCGUACCUUAUUUGAGAAAUUCUUUGUGUUGUGUAGUUUGUUCAAAUUUGUUGGUGGAUCCUUACACACCAACAAUAGCCCAAUGUCAACACCAUGUGUGUAGGAUAUGCAAAGGAGGCAGGAAGAAGAUUAAACCCGCUUGCGAGGGAUGCAAAGACUGCAGAGAUUACUCGGAAAAUAAAAGACUUAGGAUAUUAUUACAGUGCUACAAAAAGAUGUGUAUAUCUAUAAUACAUUCACCCUUAUUUAAUAGUAUAUCAUUGCAAGCGUCCGAGCCGGGUACGGGCUUCGAAAGGGGCGCGAGCAAUUUAAUUCUACUGAUCAAGGAAGGAGCAUCGUUCGAAGAUAAUUACAAAAGUAGCGGCGGCCUGCCUAAAUCAACUUAUUCCAUUUUGCCGUGCAUUUAUACGAAUUCCGUGAACGCUCAGAGCACUCAGCAACCCCAGGGAUCUCUCAACUCAGAGAAAAAUGUGUUAUUAAAUAAUAGUCGAUCUUCGUUUUAUUCCGUUUUAUAUCCUGGUAACGGUAGUAAAAUAACAUUAAAAAGAAAGUUCAAAGAAGGAGGAAGCAAUAAUACGAAUAAUAAAGUGUCUGUCGCGAAUAACCGACCAAAAGACUUCUCGGAGAAGGCCCUUUUCAAAAAGCCUUGUACCGUAAAACCUAAGAAAGGUUGUAGAUGUGGAAACGCCACUGCCACGCCAGGAAAACUCACUUGCUGCGGUCAAAGAUGUCCAUGUUACGUUGAUAGUAAGCCAUGUUUGGAAUGCAAGUGUAGAGGUUGUAGGAACCCUCACAUCAAAGAUGGACAAAAAAUUAUGCCUCACAUACCAGAAUUACAGAAACAGCUCCAAAUGAUACCGACUACAACUCAGACUCCUGUGAUAACAACUAAUCAUAUACAAGGCGUUAAAAUUGAAGAGAUGGAUCUAGAUAAUUCGUUUGCUACUUUCGGAACGAUCGGCGUAAAUCAACAUUUUAAAUCCUUCGAAUUUGUUGGAGGUUUCAAUGCAGUGCCAUUAACAACAGACUUGUUACCAUUAGGAUAUAAUGAUGAAGAACCAGAUAUAAAUGUUAUCUGACCACUGAUAAUUAGAAUAAG